CAAAGUGACUCGAAGCAGCUUUAUUUUGGCCUGCCUGUAUCAGGCCUAUAUUUUCACGGUCUGAAAGUAUAGUGAAAAUAUUGGAUUCAGUACUAUCAGCCAUCUGCAGUGGGUCUUUGUAUCCCGUGAGGAUAAGUGGGUCUUACUAUACAUAAUUUCCCAUCUUGGGACCUCCAUACUGUCCUGGAAGCACUGACAAUUCCAUCCUUCAAGCCCCUGUGGAAGGUUGUGAAGUAGCUGUCAUGGAAGAGGCUUUACUUGAUCACAGGCUAUCUGAGCUUGAGGUCCUGCCAGCACACAAGGAGCUCUGUUUCAUCAGGCCUGACUGUAAGUUCUUUCUUUGCACCCCAGCUGUCAUCCCUAAGAUGAACUCAGCCUUCCAUAGGGCACAGGAUUCUUCUGUCCUUCUGCCCUUGGCCAACCAAGGAAAUGGAAAAGGUCUGGCACAUCCUGGAUGUUUGCAGAGCCAUCCACAUCUACCUGGACUAGCAGUUUCCAAUCCCUUGACACCUUAUUUUUCACUUUUCAGUCUUGAUCCAAGGACAAGAAGGUCUACACCCUUAGCAGAUGAGGACUUGUAUUAAGACCUGCUACAAGUCUUUUGGGCUCCCACUACCAGAAGCAUAGUUGCACACUCCAGAAGUAGUGUGGCCACAUCAGCAGCUCUAACAAUCAGCUACCAUGAUCCCAGGGGGCAGGAAACUGAUUGAUGUUCAUUUGUUUUUUAUUUGGUCACUUGAAGUAGUAGUUUUUAGUUGAGUAGGAUGGAACAUGUCUGAACAUUGUACCAACCAGCUACCUAUGCCCUCUUCUUAAAGUACUCCAUUCCAUUCCCUACUUUCUCCUAGUUUCCCAUUUCCCCAUCUUAUAAUACAUCAAUCCAUUUGAGCAUGACCAGUCUUCAUUAGGCUUUUGGGAUCUUCCCCCUCCCCUCAGUCUUUUUGAAUUCCCUUAAAGCUUUUUGUGGGAGACAAUAUCAGCAAGACUACUUCAUGAACUUUUUGUGGGAGACUACUUCAUAUUGGACUUUGGACGCAUGAGAAGAUGUGACCUCAUAGAAAAGACAGUAAUGCCUGGCAAGGUCAAAGGCAGCAGGAAAAGCGGAAGACCACAUUACAGGGAGAAGUCCAUGGGUCCAAAUAUAGAAGGCUGUAGCUUCCUACAUAUCCUGCUUUUAUUCUAGAAUUUUCUACCCAGUGCAUUGAUCAUCAAAUGAAAAUGAGUGACCAUGCCCCAGUAUGCCUCGUGUCAGAGCAAGUGUCACAUGUGGAAGGGAAAAUCUUCUCUGCAAACCAGACUGGGAAUAUCAAAGAAUGUUCACAAAGGCUACCCCAAGGUCCAGUUAAACAAGAACCAGAAGAGAGCCUUCUACAGCACUGGGAAACCCAAUGGCAAGAAUUCCUGAAGAAUAUGGAGUCUCCUCAAUAUGUCCAGCCACCAGAGGAACCCACGCCCUGGGCAGACCCAAAGGGGUUCCUGGCCUCUUUUGAGCAAGUGGGCAAAGCCUGCCGGUGGCCCCAAGAAGAGUGGGUCACGCGGCUCCUGCCAGCUCUCAGUGGAGAAGCUGAAUGGGCUUUUAGAAGCAUGGAAGCUGGAGACAGAGAAGACUAUGGGAAAGUGAAGGCGGCCAUAUUGCGAGAAGACACCAUUAGUCAAGAGAAGCUGCGUCAACGUUUUCGGUGUUUCUGCUACCAGGAGGAAGAGGGGCCGAGAGGGGCUUACAGCCACCUCCAGGAACUUUGUUGCCAGUGGCUGAAGGUUGAGAAGCACUCCAAGGAGCAGAUCCUGGAGCAGCUGAUCCUGGAACAACUCCUAGCCAUCCUGCCCCUGGAAACCCAGAAUUGGGUGAGGAAACGAGGGCCAGAGACGUGUCUCCAAGCUGUGGCCCUGGCUGAGGAUUUCCUGCAGCAGCAACGACAGGUUGAGAGACGAGAAAACCAGAAAGAGGUUAUAACUUACUCUGUAGCAAGCCAGGUUCCAUCCGACUUUGAACAGACACACCUGUGUUUGGAGACUAAACAGGAAAGUGACAGUGAUGGACAGUCUGGCCAGUUGGGAGACCAAAGCUGGUUGACUGGAGAUGUUGGGCAAAAGGACACACCAGAAGAGUCACAGCAAGUGGGACAAGACACGGCCACAGUAGCAAGAACAGAAAGAGUAAUCUUCCAUGGCUGUGGGCCCCAAAAUGCACCUGAGAGUCAGCACAGUGUGAAGAUCCAACAUAAAACCUGCUCAGGAGAGAGAGAAGAUGAAUUUUCCCUACACAGAGGAAGUUAUACCAAUCUUGGAGGAACUGCUACCCAGCAAAGAAUCUCCACCGAUGACAGACAAGCCUACGGAUGUAAGACGAAAGAUAGCUUACUGGGAAGCCAGCCAAAGGUGGAACAAAGUGACAGGUUCUGGAGAAGCACCACAGAGAACAAUUUCUGUAGUCAGGAGCAGAGAGUCACGUUGGAUGAUUCUGGCAGGCCAAAGAGACAGGCAAGAAACAGGACUUGGAAAUAUUUUUCCAAUGGGGGAAACAAGGCCUGUCAUGAAACCAUAUUGUCACACAACUUGAAGUCAACCACAUUGUCUAGGGAAGGCUCAGACAUCCCAGAACAAGAAAAGAUGGAUAAAGCAGCAUUCCAGUGCACUGUAUCUGAAAAAAGACUCAGUCACAAAGACAGCCUUUUGGGACGCCCCGUGCGAAAUGAAAAGUACAAGUGUUCCGUCUGUGAGAAGAGCUUCCAUCGAAAUUCGCACCUGGUGACGCACAAGAGGAUCCACACAGGAGAGAAACCUCACCAUUGCUGUUACUGCGGGAAGAGCUUCAGCGACAAUGCAAACCUUAUUAAGCACAGGAGGAUCCACACAGGGGAAAAACCCCAUAAAUGCUCCGACUGUGGGAAGAGCUUCACCCAGAGUUCCCACCUCAUCCUCCAUAGGAGGAUUCACACAGGAGAGAAAGCCUAUUGUUGCACUAUGUGCAAAAAGAGCUUUUCUCGGUAUUCGUUUCUUAGCACACAUCAAAGAACCCACUUGGGGGGGAAACCAUAAAAUCCACAGCUUUUCCCAGUGAUGUCAUACGUUGCUGUUGCUUUUUAAUGUGCCACCAAGUCAGCUUCAACCUAUGGGAAGCAUCUGAGAUAUCUAUGAAAGGCACCCUGAUCUUGACAUUCCUCCUAAAAUAUUGCGAACAGGCUAUCUUGGCCAAUUCUAUCCACUUGUAAUAUCUGCCUCUUCUCCUACUGUCUUCAACUAUUGUCUUUGCCAAUGAGUCAUGGCAUGCCUGAUAUGUCCAAAUUAUGAUAAAUUCAGUUUAGUCAUUUUGGCUUCUAGUGAAAGUUUAGGCUCAAUUUAUUCUAUUAUUUAUGUCUUUUUGGAAGUCCAGGUAUCUGCAGAACUCCAUUUGAGCACUGUAUUUCAAAUGAGCUGAUUCUCUUUCUGGUUCAAAACACACCGCAGAAAUAAUCCAGUUUGA